AUGCGACGUGGAGUGAUGAAGACUCUGAAGGCAGUUAGGAGGAUGAAGACCAUCGAAAAUGGAGAUUUUUCAAAUUCUGAAAGUAACAGUGAUGGUGAGGAAUUGACUCUUGAUGCCAUACAGGAAGCUUAUAAGACCAUGUUCAGCAAAUGGGUUAAAAUGUGUGAAAUAAAUAAGUCUCUACGGAAGCGCGCCAAUGAGCUUGUCAAAGAGAAUGAUGUGUUGAAGAGAGCUGCUGAUAAUUAUGAAUUCCUUGCUACAGAGAGAGAAAAGAAGUUGAAGGAAACAAGGGCUGAACUAGAGAGCACUCAGAAAAAUUUGAACAUGAUGACUUCUGGUACAAAUAAACUAGAACAUAUUCUUUUAUUGGGAAGAUCAAGUGGUGAUUGGCAAGGCCUUGGAUACACUGGUGAAAGCUCAACAUCCAAGAAAGUGUUUAUGAAGGAGACACCCACUCCUGAACCUCAGACUACCCUCAGUAAGAAGGUUAUUAUCUUACCUCCUCGACGUAAAAGAUUUGUCCCCAUAUGUCAUUAUUGCAGUUUAGCUGGUCAUAUAAGACCAAGAUGCUACAAGUAUUUGAAUGCUUUGAAGAGAGGGUUUUCUCCUUCUGUGUCAAGGAAGAAGAAGCUAAAAUGGAGCAAACUCUACUCAUUUUCAUGCAUGAAACCAUGCGGCGCCAUGGUCAACGAGGACUUGAGCUCGGUAGUCUUCGGCCAACCGGGGUUUUCUCGGCUGGUUUUCUGCAAUGAACCUCACAUGCACAAGGCAAAGCCUUACAAGUAUGCAAAGAACUAUGUCUCAACGGCUAAGUACAGUGUGGUGAGUUUUCUUCCCAAGGCACUUUUUGAGCAGUUCCGGAGAGUAGCAAAUCUCUACUUUCUCUUGGCCGCACUGCUUUCGUUCUCGCCUAUUACUGCGUUUGAUUCGGUGAGCUUGAUUGCUCCAUUGGUGUUUGUUGUUGGGAUUAGUAUGCUUAAAGAGGCUGUGGAGGAUUGGCACAGGUUUUUGCAGGAUUUGAACGUAAACUCAAGACUUGUACAAGUUCAUAUAGGAGGAGGUAUAUUUGUGAGCAAAGCAUGGAAAGAAGUCUGUGUCGGAGACGUUGUUAAAGUUACCAAAGAUGAAUAUUUCCCUUGUGACAUUCUCUUGCUAUCUUCCAGCUAUGAAGAUGGCAUUUGUUACAUAGAGACCAUGAAUCUUGAUGGAGAAACAAAUCUCAAAGUAAAAAGAUGCUUAGAAGAAACACUCAACUUGGACAAAGAUGAAGAAAUCGGUGAUUUCAAAGCCAUAAUUCGUUGCGAGGAUCCUAAUCCGCAACUCUACACUUUUGUUGGGAAUUUGGAGUUGAGGAAUAAGUCAUUUCCCUUGUGUCCUGUUCAACUUCUCCUAAGAGAUUCGAAGCUUCGAAACACGGAAUACAUUUAUGGGGUUGUCAUCUUUACUGGGAAAGACGCCAAAGCAGUCAGGAAUUCCACUAUGGUACCAUCUAAGAGAAGCCGAAUUGAAAGAAAGAUGGAUCAUGUCAUUUAUCUUCUCUUUUCAAUGCUGGUUUUGAUUUCAUUACUCACAGCAACCGGAUUCUCUGUUUUUCUUAAGACAAGGAUGGUUAAUGGGUGGUACCUUCGUUUGGAGGAUGAUAAUAAUGAUGAUAAUGAUGAUUUACUCUUCAAUCCAUCAAGUGUACUGGUAUCUGGUUUACUCCAAUUCUUGAGGGCAAUUAUUUUGUAUGGCUAUUUGAUCCCCAUUUCUCUUUAUGUGUCGAUUGAAGUCGUCAAAGUUUUACAAGCCCUGCUAAUCAACAAGGACACACAGAUGUAUGAUGACGUUUCGUGCAAGUCGGUCAGAGCUCGAACAUCGAAUUUGAACGAAGAACUCGGUCAGGUGGAAAUGAUCCUUUCGGAUAAGACAGGGACUUUGACAUGUAACCAGAUGGAGUUCAGGAAAUGCUCAAUUGCUGGGAUCUCAUAUGGGGGUGAUAUUAAUAAAGUUGAUCUUGAAGCAUCCAAGAUAAUGAAUAUUGUUGACAUUGAGGCAUUUCAAUUUUGCACGGAUGAUUUGGACACAAGAAGCCAGAGUCUUCAAGGAUUUGAGUCGUCAAUGGCUGAUAUUGGCACCCAAAUGGCAGUUCUAGGUACCAAAAAGGGUGUGCAGAAUCCGAGCAGCAACGAAAACUCAGAAAUUUCUUCUGCGUGUAAAUUAGUAUCUAACAUCAAGGGUUUCAACUUUUGGGAUGAUAGAAUUAUGAACAAAAAGUGGAUCCAUGCUUCCAACUUGUUCGAUGUAACAAUGUUCUUUAGAGUCAUGGCUCUUUGUCACACAGGCAUACCCGUUGAGGAUGACAAAGUUGACAUGCUCAAGUAUGAGGCGGAGUCACCUGAAGAAGUUGCUUUCCUUAUUGCUGCGCAGGAAUUCGGGCUCCAAUUUUACGGAAGAACUCAAUCCACAAUGUUUCUGAAGGAGGUGGAUCCUUACUCUGGAAAGGUGGUGAAGAGGCAAUACAAGCUCCUAAAUUUGUUAGAGUUCUGUAGCUCCAGGAAGAGAAUGUCGGUUAUAGUAUGCAAUGAAGAUGGUCAAAUCUUUCUCCUAUGCAAAGGUGCAGAUAGCAUUAUCUUUAAUAGGCUAGCAGAUAAUGGUAGGACAUAUCAAGAAGCAACAACCAGACACCUUUCAAGUUAUGCCGAGGAUGGCCUCCGCACUUUAGCGUUUGCUUAUCGCUUACUCGAUGAUUCUGAGUAUAAAAGUUGGAACAAAAUAUUUACGCAAGCAAAGACAACAAUCGGUCCUGAAAGAGAAGAGCUACUAGAAAAAGCAUCUGAAAUGAUUGAGAAGGAUUUAAUUUUAUUAGGGGUAGUUGCUGUUGAAGACAAGUUACAAAAAGGGGUUCCAGAAUGUAUAGAUAAACUAGCUCAGGCAGGGAUGAAAAUAUGGUUACUAACUGGGGACAAGAAAGAAACCGCGAUAAAUAUUGGGUAUGCUUGCAGCUUACUUAGGCAGGACAUGAAACAACUCCAUCUCAGUUUAGGCAAGGAAGCCGAAACAUAUGAUCAGCUGAAGGUAAUGAAAGAAGACAUUAUAAACCAACUUGAUGGUUUCUACAGAAUCAUGUCUAAAGAAAGCAACCAACAUUCACCCUUGGCUUUGGUGGUUGAUGGAAAAGCCCUUGAAAUUGCCUUGAGAUGUGAUGUGAAGGAUCAUUUCUUGCCUCUGGCUGUUAAGUGUGCCUCUGUCAUAUGCUGCCGGGUUUCUCCGAAACAAAAGGCUUUGAUCACUCGAUUGGUAAAGGAAUUUACUGGUAAGACAAUCCUAGCAAUCGGGGAUGGAGCGAAUGAUGCGGUCAUGGCUAGCGACUUCUCAUUACCCCAGUUCCGAUUUUUAGGGAGAUUACUCAUAGUUCAUGGACAUUGGUGUUACAAGAGAAUUUCCAAGAUGAUUCUGUACUUUGUGUACAAGAACAUUGCAUUUGGCCUCACUCUCUUCUACUAUGAAUUGUACACAAGUUUCUCUGGGGAGGUCUUAUAUGAUGACUGGUACAUGACACUUUUCAAUGUAAUCUUGACUUCCUUACCAGUUAUAUCAUUGGGAGUCCUUGAGCAAGAUGUUUCAUCAGAAGUUUGCCUCCAGUUUCCAGCUCUUUAUCAACAAGGACAAAGAAACACACAUUUUACUUGGAGCCGAAUCAUCGGUUGGAUACUGAACGGCGUGGUUUCUUCUCUCGUAAUCUUUCUCUCAAACAUCUACAUCCUCUCUCCAAACUCCUUCCGAAAGGACGGAGCUGUCGCGGACCUCACGCACCUAGGUGCCAUGACAUACACCUGCAUAAUAUGGACAGUAAACUGCCAAAUCUCACUCAUCAUUAACCACUUCACUUGGAUCCAACACCUAUUCAUAUGGGGCAGCAUUUUCCUUUGGUACAUCUUCUUGUUUGUCUAUGGCGCAUUGUCUCCUGCUUAUUCAGAAGGAGGAUUCCACCUGUUGGUGGAGUCUCUAGGCACUUCACCAAUGUAUUGGACGGUCACAUUCCUUGCUAUGGUUGUCUCUCUUCUUCCUUACUUCAUCCAUAUCGCCAUCCAAAGGUUGUUCUUUCCCAUGGAUGAUCAUGUGAUCCAAGAGAUCAAGUACUGUGGGAAGGACGUUGAUGAUGAUAAAAUGUGGCAGAGAGAGCAGAACAACUCGAAGAAGACGGCCCAGAUCGGGUUUUCCGCGAGAGUUGAAGCUAGACUGAGGGAUCUGAAAGGGAACUUGCAACACAAGAAAGAACCGUAUCUCUUCUCUCUUCCGUCGCCGCUAAUCUUGUCCGCAGCGCCGACGAUAUCUCCUCUGCAGCAUCGACGCAAGAUCCCCGUCUCCCUCAAGCCUCCGCGGUCGCAGAGGAAAGCAGCCACCCUACCUUCCUAG